AUGAACUGCGGCCCCAAUGGUGCGGUAGCGACCCGACCCGACCCUUAUCAACCCCUGACCAUCGUAUCGUAUCCGCGGACAAGGCUGAUUACUAAUUCGUCUUGCAUGUAUAGUUCGAGCUGUGUCAAAGGUGACAGGGUCUGUGUCUAUGCGCCUGUCAAGAUCCCCCUACGCGAACGCAGGGCCCAGCAGAAAGAUGUCCAGCCUUGGGACCAGGCGCCAUGGGAGGUGGCUUCGACAUCACGGGAGAUGGUGUCGGCGAGUCGUGUUACCAUCCCUCUUCGACUAAGCUUUCUAAAUCGAGAUACCGCCUUCAAUAAGCUUGGUGUAGCUAUGCCUCUGAGAUCCCACGAGCUGUUUCAAUAUUUCUUCGAAUCAGAUAACGAUUUCAAGAUGCCUGGUCCGGAUUGCCUCACAAGGUUGGUAGACGACCCCGGCGCCCUACGGAGCGCCAUCCUCUUGGCCGGCAUGCAUUUUUCUUUCCAGUAUGGCGACCUUGCCUUGUUCGAGUCCACAUUUCUAUUCCACAAACUCGAAGUCAUGCAAAUGAUCAAUCAGUGGAUUGCAUCCAGAGAUAGUAAGCUCAAGGCUGAAAUCAUCCGACACAUGGCCACGUUGGCUUUCACAGAGAUCUGCCAGGGUGAGCUUCUAGCAGCCGAGACUCACAUCAGUGGUAUACUGGCCCUCAUCGAUACUGGUCGCGAUAAUGGCCGUGGCCAGGAUCCGAACGUUCGUUCAACCGAUCAAGAACUCGCCAAUCGGUAUUUCGUCAUGUCAUAUAGUUACCUUUAUGGUCUCAAGAGUCUUCUUGACGGUAUAAAUCGUAUAGAAGGAUACGCCAGCAGCCUCGACGAUCUUUCAGGACAGAGAAUUGUUGACAUGUCAAAUGUCUGGCACAGAGGCGAGGGAGUAGAGUCUUUGGCCCUGAAGCUCCAAGCCAUCCGCCUGUUUCCCUAUUUCUUCAGUCCGCUACCCCACGGUGCACGGCUAGGGAAUGCUGAUGUGUAUGGCAUUAUCGACACCCUCCGCGAGUUCACAAAUGGCCUUGAUGACGUGUAUGCCAACCAACGCGAUGUGCACUCAGAACAGACUUUCCAUGGCUUCUGGAGAAGAGGCCCGGCAUCAAAGAUCCUGGGAGAUUACGUUAUGGCACAUGCACGAUCGAUAUCAAUAAGCAAAGAAAAGCCUAAAGCAACGAAAGCACAGCAACAAUCCUUUACAUCGCCGUGGUGUGGAAUGGUCAUCGCGUCAAUAUUCUACAUGCAGAGGGUUCUGGGCGCACUCGAAGCAAUCGAACGACGUAUCCACAGAUACACCAUCACAUUAUUCCAGCAGGACAUGGCCACAACACUCUCUGACGAGAACACAACGAGGAAUGAAGGGUUUGUUUUGUGGCAGUUAUUGGUUGGUUUAAUAGGGUCUCAAACAGACCAGAAAGAAGAUAAGGAUCGGAGACUCUUGGUCGCCAGACAAUUCUUCCAGGUGGCUUUGAGAAAACAAGCAGAUUUCUUGGGUAUUUCUUCCUGGUCAGAAGCAAAGACAAUAUUAAAAGAGGUGGUAUGGCCGGCUGAGGAUAACAGCUGUGUAAGUUUCAAGAACUUGUGGGAUGAGGCGGUGUUCAGGCCAGUUACAAGCUAA